UUUAUUUUAUUUACUUUUAGCACCCUGGUGGUGAGGAGGUCUUAAUGGAACAAGCCGGCAAAGACGCUACAGAAAAUUUCGAAGAUGUUGGUCACAGUUCCGAUGCCCGUGAAAUGAUGAAACAAUAUAAAAUUGGUGAAUUGGUGCCUGAAGAACGUACAAAUAUCCCCGAAAAGUCUGAACCCACCUGGAAUAGUGAUCAAAAAACCGAAGAAACCUCCAUGAAAUCCUGGUUGAUGCCCUUCAUUUUGGGUUUAAUUGCCACUUUGAUCUACAAAUAUUUCUUUGGCAGCAAAUCGCAAUAAUUUUAAACAAACACAAAA